AUGACGCUUUGCCCGCGCGGGCGGAGUCAGCGGCGGGCGCGAGCCCUCCGUCUCCGGCUGGCUCUGGCUGUCCUGUCAUCGGUCUGGCCGAGCCGGACGCAGAAAAGAGCCAAGAUGCCGAAAACGAUCAGUGUAAGAGUCACCACAAUGGAUGCUGAGCUGGAAUUUGCCAUUCAGCCCAACACAACAGGAAAGCAGCUCUUUGACCAGGUGGUGAAGACCAUUGGGCUGCGAGAGGUUUGGUACUUUGGGCUCCAGUAUCAGGAUACGAAGGGCUUCUCUACGUGGCUGAAGCUCAACAAGAAGGCGAGCUCCUUUGCAUUUUACUCUCCUCUUUGUCUCUUUGUGACUGCCCAGGAUGUGAGGAAGGAAAGCCCGUUGCUGUUUAAGUUCCGCGCCAAGUUCUUCCCCGAGGAUGUUUCGGAGGAGUUAAUCCAGGAUGCCACGCAGCGGCUGUUCUUCCUGCAGGUGAAGGAAGGAAUCCUUAACGACGACAUCUACUGCCCCCCGGAGACCGCCGUGCUGCUGGCCUCCUACGCCGUGCAGGCCAAGUUCGCCGACUACAACAAGGAGGUCCACACGCCGGGAUACCUGAACAGUGAGCACCUGCUCCCCCAGAGAGUUCUGGAUCAGCACAAGCUCAACAAGGAGCAAUGGGAGGAGAGGAUCCAGGUGUGGCACGAGGAGCACAAGGGCAUGAUCAGGGAGGAAUCCAUGAUGGAAUAUCUGAAAAUUGCUCAGGAUCUGGAGAUGUAUGGAGUCAACUACUUCAGCAUUAAGAAUAAGAAAGGAACAGAGCUGUGGCUGGGGGUGGAUGCCUUGGGUCUUAACAUUUAUGAACAGAAUGAUAAAAUGACGCCCAAAAUCGGAUUUCCUUGGAGUGAAAUAAGGAACAUUUCCUUUAACGACAAGAAGUUUGUUAUCAAACCAAUUGACAAGAAAGCACCUGACUUUGUAUUCUACGCUCCGAGACUGCGCAUCAACAAGCGCAUUCUGGCCCUGUGCAUGGGAAACCACGAGCUGUACAUGCGCCGCCGCAAACCCGACACCAUCGAGGUGCAGCAGAUGAAGGCCCAGGCCCGGGAGGAGAAGAACCACAAAAAGAUGGAGAGGCAAGCAUGUUCAAAGAUCAAACACGUGGACCAUAAGAACAUUUGCAACGCUCCUUAUUCUGUUUCCACUAGAGCUCUGCUGGAGAACGAAAAGAGGAAACGAGAGGUUGCCGAGAAGGAGAAGGAGAAGAUCGAAAAGGAGAAGGAGGAAUUAAUGGAGCGAUUAAAACAGAUUGAGGAGCAGACGAAAAAAGCCCAGCAGGAGCUGGAGGAGCAAACGCAAAGAGCCCUGGAGCUGGAGCUGGAGAGGAAGCGGGCUGAUGAGGAGGCUCAGCGCCUGGAGUCGGAGCUGAAGGGGGCUGAGGACGCCAAGAUGGCGCUGCUGCAGCAGUCAGAGAGUCAGAUGAAGAACCAGGAACACCUGGCUACAGAGUUGGCUGAACUGACUUCAAAGAUUUCCCUGCUGGAAGAUGCCAAGAAGAAGAAGGAGGAGGAGGCAUCACAGUGGCAAGAGAAGGCAUGA